GGCCGUAUAAAAGAGCUAUUUUUCGGUGAUAUUUUUUCAAUUAUUGAUCGACAGUGAAUCGUGUACCUACAACGUAGAUGUAUUUGCAUCAAGAUGUUCUUCGACGUGAAGAAAUCGGUUCUAAUUUACUUAUGCGUAGUUAUUGUUAAGGAAUUAUGCCCAGUAUCAGUUUACGGACAGUUUCCAUACCCCGGAGCAUUCUACCCUCCACCUCCGUUCACCUCGUCUCCAGCAAUCUACGCUCCGCCACCUCCGUUUCCUUUUCCAUUCUACCCUCCGCCUCCACCAUACUUUGGAUCGCAGUGCUUCGCAGCUCCUCCACCAUCGGCCGAACAAUCACCACCCUCAAUUAGAAGCAACUUCAACCUUAAACCAAGAAUCGUGAAGCCUUUGAGGGUACCAGGUUCAAAUCCGGUCAUCUUGCCCAAUCGAGUCGAUUCGAAUAGUCGUCCGAUUAUUAUAUCGACUCGAUCUUCUCGAGCACCUCAUCAACAGCCCUCUUUGCUUUCGCCGUUUACGAAUUUGGUUCAUACGUUUUUGAAGUCUUUGGCGCCGAGGACUUGCGAUUGUGACGAUGAUUAUCGAUAAGGGGGAAGAUUCGAGUAGAUACCUUACCUACUAAUAAAUUAAUGGUUAAUCAUAAAAUGUACAUUUUUAAAGUACGUAUAUAGGUAGGAUAAAUUAUUAUCGAUUGAAUUUUCUAUGUUAUUGAAUCGAAUUUAAAGAUGAUCACUGAUCAGUUGGUGAAGUAAGCCAUGUGAAUGUAAAUAUGAAAUACCGAGAUAUUUUCAUAAUACUACUUAUAUUUACAUCACAAAAAUUUGAAAUGAACUCAAUUACAUGUUUUUACUCAACA